AAUGUUUUCAUUUGUGCAACGGCAUGGCUUUUUGAGCAAAAACCACCGCGAUGUGUAGAAUCAACACAUCCAUUCCAAAACAACGCGGUGUACACAUUCGAUGUGUCAGAUCGACACAUUUUGGGCGUAAUUUUAAUCUUCAGUGUGGUUUUUGACUUCAAUGUCAUGCCAGUGGUACCUGAUUUGGGGACAAUCCAACACUUCCUGCAGCAGCAGAUUAAGCUGGACCUGUCGUCGGUACGUAACCUGCAGGUGAACGUGUCGAGGAACCAGGUCAUCAUCGAGACAACAACGCCGGAUCAAGCUUUUGCUAUCGCCAGGGACCACAAUUCCAAGCACUUCAUCGUGCAUGCGAAGAAGCGGUUCCUGAUUCCCAUUUACGUGGAGGAUGGCGCCAUCGAGGUCAAAGUCCACGAUCUGCCACCUCGAAUGCCAAAUCACAUCAUCGAAGAACACCUUCAACAAUACGGGGAGAUAAUCUCAAUCCACAACGAGGUAUGGCGCGACUUCUUCCCCGGUAUCCCGAACGGGGUUAGAGUCGCGCGAAUGAAAAUUAAAAAGCCGAUUCCCUCAUUCGUCCAGAUCGAGGGUCUGUCGGCGUACAUUGUUCACAAAGACCAAAUAAAAACGUGUCGCUAUUGUUCGCAAAAAAAUACACGCGGGACAAAAAUGCAACGUUACUAAACAAAACAACAACACCAAAUCAGACGAAGAAGAUGAAGAUAACACCGUGAAGACAUCAGAGCCAGCAAAACAGUUCACCAAUGACAACACUCCCGAUCUCUCUUUUUUUUUAGAGAAUUGAAAACACAGCUACACUACACAUCAGCAACGAUCAAGGAAAUCCACUUCAAAUUCGCAAUUCGCAAUUUUCAGUGUAAGAACGGGCCUUGACCGAUCUUAUGCACUAGGUUCCCGACGAACACGCACUGCCCUUACACCUACAUCUCACCCUUGCUCUGAGUCAGUACGAGCAACACGCUAGAACACGCUUUGAGUGUUCGUGCCAGGCAUGCACACCUUCUUUUCCGGUUACGCAUUUUAACUCGGCCGGGGGUGGUACAUUACGUAGGGUUUGAUGUAAGUAUAAGCGCCUAACCAUUCAAAGUGUGCCUAUCAACUUUCAUUAAAGCAAAAUCUGUUAUAUUUUUAGUUUGAAUUCAAAAACUAAUUGUUAUUUACUGUGUUUUGUUUUCUCCUGAAAUCUUUCCUAGUGUUGAGUCGUGUUUAUAUGUUGCUAUUUCUUUUGUCGCGGUGUUUUGUUACAAUAUUUUGGUCCUAAGCAUUUUACAAAAGUUUUUCAAAAGUACAAUAGUAAUACAGUAGUUGUUCGGUAACUGGGCGUUGUUUAACUGGGCUGCUUUUUAACUGGGCGCUCGAUAACUGGGCCGUAGCCCA